AGUGAUCUCAUUCCGUCGGUAUUACGUGGUGCGUCACGAAGCACGUCACGUGCUUCUUUCCGGUCGUUUUUUUAGCAGCGUGUUAGCCGCUUGUCGUACCGUUCCAUGGUUAUUAAUAAUAAAUAUGAUGAGCGGUAGAACAAGUGCGAUAUUUGCGGGGGUUUGUGGAGCCCUUUUCGUAGCAUACUGCGUUUAUUUUGACAGGAAGCGGCGGAGUGACCCAAACUUCAAACAAAAGCUACGUCAACGAAGAAAACAAAACGUAACUGGUGACCAGGCUGGAUUUGCAAAGCUGCCUGACAUGAAGGAUGCAGAAGCUGUUCAGAAAUUCUUUCUGGAAGAAAUUCAGCUGGGAGAGGAGCUUCUGGCGCAAGGUGAUUUUGAGAACGGUGUCGAUCACCUGACCAAUGCGAUAGCGGUGUGCGGGCAGCCUCAGCAGCUGCUCCAGGUGCUCCAGCAGACAUUGCCUCCUCCGGUUUUCCAGAUGUUGCUCACCAAACUGCCCACAAUCAGCCAGAACCAGUUUGCCUGGGAGGUUUACAACGUUGGGUCAUAAAAGAAUUGUCCGCUUCAGAAAACACCAAGACAUUUCAAAACAAAAUAAAGUGAAAUGCAAACACUGCCGGUCUGUGGUACUGGAACAUAGUUUCCUCUAUGAUUCAAUGUGUUCACAUGUUCCUCGUCUUGCGUAGUUCUCCAUUUUCUAACGUCAGCUGCUGAUUUGUUUAUUGAUGGCGUCAGGUCAGGGCAUUUUAGGAAUGCUUCAGUGUUGCAUCCGAUAGAAAUACUUGAUCAAAUGUCCUCUUACGGGACAGAAAUACCUUCAGUGAAACCAGAAUUAACGGCCUUAAAGGAAUUCAUGUUGUCCUUAAGGUCAAAGGUUUAAACAAACACCAUCUCCUGUAGAGAACUGACGGCGUUCCACAGCAUCAGCGGCCCUCAGAGGACCAAGAGAUUUGAUUAGUUAACAGCUCACAUUAACGAAGAACGAGACUUCCAAUUGAUCAAAAACUCUCCAGCACGGGCGGUGAAACGUCAUUUUAGCUCAGUGUCGUUAAAACCGGUUGAGUUUUUCAAGUUCUCUUAAUGAUGUCAUGAGAAAAAAUGUCUGCUAAUGACCUCCAAGGGUUCAGAAGAUUGAGGAAUUUGUGACGAUAAAUUAAAAGCACCCAUACUCGAUGCUGAGCAACACAUUUUGACCAGAUUUGGACUUUUUACUGAACAUUUCCAACAUUGUGAACGACUUGCUGUUUAUUCACAGCACAGAAGAUCUGAUUAAAAGUCUAAAUGGUCCACAUCUGGGUGUGUGAGAGACAUUUCUGUGUCUUGUUGGUGUUCAUUCAGCAAGUUGUAGCAACAUGUCAGCCACCAGUUAAACUACUUCUUAAGCAACUUGUCAUUCACCAGAAACAAUUGUCCGUAGGCUAAGCUCGGUGACGUGCUUUCACACAUUUUUCCCUGUGAAUCUGAGCUAGCUUGCUUCUAUUUGGAGUAAAACGUUAACUAAGGCCUGGUUCCCACAGCAAGGUUUUGAAAUUAUCUAAAGAUUUUCAAAACACGAGACCACACACGUGGCGAUAAAAAGUCACGGAUAUAACAGUUUUGUGGCCAGUAGGUGAUGUGCGGCUACAUGGCAAAGACAAAACGCGUAGCAUGAACGUUCCCUGGUCAGAGGGGAAAUUUCGCAAAACCUCUUGAGAUCAAUGGUGAAUUUAGCAUAAACAAACAUGGCGGCCAAGGAAUAGGAUUUUAAUUGGAUUCCUCUCACUCUGUGUAGCGUGUCUCGGUCACGUCACUCUCUGAUUGGCUACAUGUCACAAUCCAACGUACUGAAUAUCCCAUUUUCGUGAUCAGAGCAGUCCUGACAGUACUCUUAACACACCACACAUGAUAGGAAUAUCUGAUGAGAUUAUCUUUAGAGCCAUUGCGUUAAUCUGAGGUGUCCCUGAGAAUGCCAGAAGAGCUGGUUCUGGUCAAAAAUCGGUAUAAACAUCUCUCUGUGUGAACCAGGCCUGACAGAUAUGAGGUGAUACACAAGUUCAGGCAAACAUCUUUGGAAGUUAGCUAGAAAUAACUGUCAGCCACCACCACACAGACUCUAAGGUCAUCUUCACACCAUUCCUGGUACGUUUUCCUCCUUGGUGUAGUUUGUUUACUCAGGCAUGAACGCAGUAUUCUCACUUCAGUGUCGACAGAGGUGGUCUUGAUACUCUUUUGUACGUUCUGUGUGUUCUUUUUUUACACAGCUUAGUAAAAAAAACAGUUUUUUACUUUAGGGACUCUCGCCAUCAUCAGAGUUUGCUGGCAUUGGUGACUUAAUUCACGCUGACUGGAGUUGAUAAGGGAUUUCUAGAAACAGGUUAUGAUUCCCACCCCUAGUACUCUGCAAAAUCCGAGUUCGUGUUGCAUUCUGGGAUGCAGGAGGACACACACACAUCUGUAGCAACUGAAAAUCUCCUAGCUAGUGGAAAAUGAAGCGCGGACUGAUGCUGGAGAUCAACGAGAUCUAUUUCCUCACUGAUACUUUAUAUUUAUUAUAAAAAUACUGAAACACAAACAGUUCGCAAAUGGCUCAGGGAGAGGGGAUUAGACCGUGUUGUCAGCUGGCUUGGGAUCAGAACCUUCUUCCUGUUAUUACCUGUGUUAGCCCCGCCCCCAGGUGAUCUUACCAAUCAGCAGAAUGAACGUCCUUAUUGUGUAUCAUUUGAUGAUCUCCCUGUGUGAAAAGAAACCGAACACAGGAGAAACAACAAACUGCAGGUGUGAAAACACCCUAAAGCUGAAAAUCUCCUGAGUUAACACUAGAGUUUAAGAUUUAUUUAGUGAUGGUGGCCUCUUACAAUGGAGCUGCUAAUCAAAUGUGUCCAGCAGCUUAUGACAUAUUUAUCUAUAACUAGAAACGCACCGACAGAAAAAAAUAUUACAGAUCAUCAGAAACCAAAGAAAGACGCCACAAUCCAGGUCCUAAUCCUUUUUAUGCAUCCUCUCGAAUUCACACGCUCUUGGGUUCACAUAGCAUCAGAGCUCUAUUUUCUAUUCCAGCUCUUCACAGCGACUCGUUUCCUGAUUGAAAGCUUUGAAGUGGACGAGGGGAGGUGAAACAUCGUGUGCCCAGACGCCCCAGACGCCGCGGUUACGACGACUUUAUCACACAGACAGGGAGACGGCGCUGGUGCUCUGGUCCUUCCAUCUUCCUCGGAGGAGGAACGCGACAAGCAGUCCUCCACAGCCGAAACCACAGGCGCAUAAUGAAUGCCACACCAUCGUGACUACUUGCACUUUCGUGGAAAGACGAGGAAGGACACGUCUGGCUCAAACACUGAUGGGGAACGUCGGAACAUCGGCCAUAAAACCAGACUAUCAAAGGGCGGGCUGAGAGGAGCGGGAACCUCGGCUGAUUUAUAAUCACCACCGAAGAAGCGCAGUUUCCGAGUGAAUGACUUUAGAGGAAACUGAAGACGUACAACUCUUCAGAUACAACCACAAAACAUCUGUAAACAAUAUGGCACACUAUCCACCAUCUUUUAUGCUUUCCUUAGCUGAACACAUGCUGUUUUCAAUCCUCCAAAAUGAGCCGAAGUUAUCCAAUUAGGUCAGCCUCGGCUAUUCUUAGUUUUCCUUACAAACAUCCUCGUGUUGUUUGUAUUCUAUACAUCACCGAGCCCGACGGCUAAGAGCCUUUUUAAGGCGGGUGUUUCUGGAGAAGCAGCUGCUCAGAUCUCGACUAUAAAUAUCCAAACAGGGUUUUUCUAAAACUGCAGAAGGGGAAGUAUGCAAAGACUAAAGCUAAAAUCAGCUGUGCUCCACCUGCAAGACGGUGAAGAUGACACCCGCGCUUUGAACAGAUUACAUCCUCCGCAUCUGGGAGUUGAGUGCAGCGAGAGCCGCUGCACCAGAGUUGUCAGAGUCCGUUUUCUAGAAAGAAUAGAUGCGAGCUGCUGUGAGAGAGGAAUACUUAGGCCGAGUUUUAUUUUGGCUCACAGGUAAAUACUACUUUGGUCUUCUCGGAUCUAAAACGUCCCCCAGUUCAUGUGCAACAAACACGAUGCGUAAAAGUCCCGCUGGAGUUUUAACGAGUCAAAAGCAUAACAGGUACACAGUUUCACUCUGCAGGAGCGGCUGGAAACUCUGAAUGUGCACGAGGCUUCGUGCAACGGAGCAACAUUUCUGACGUUUUUACACUCAUCUGAACAUCGCAGCUGUGGCUCAGGCUCCAAACCCUCUUCUCUUCAGUUUUGAGGUGAAUAAAUGGCGAUGUCGGCGAACUGGAUGUUUAAACCUCCUGCAGACGGUUGUUUACAUCAAUAUAUGAGUAACAUAAACCAGGGAGGGAGGAGGGGGGUUUCCAUUGGACAGGAAGUGAUGUCGUCAGCUUGCUAUACAUGAGCGCAGCAUCACAAACUACUCGGUUCCUUCUAUUCCUGGUUGCAAACUCAGUCCGCAAGCCACUGAAACUACCUGCUGUUUAAAAGUGGAAGUGAAAACAAAGCUGUUCAUUUACGUCUUUUAUUCUGAGGGGAUUUUUUUCCUCCCCCCCUCCCCUCCCCCAGCUCUCUAAGUCGUCCGUCCCUGACAAGGCGGGCAGAUUAAGGGGAUAUGUUACCAUCUCUCUCUCUCUCCCUCAUCCCCCCCCCCUCCCUAAAUGGAUACACAUGUGGCACAUCUGGGUCCAAGCCUGACUCAUUACUCUCUUUUUUAUGCUCCAUUCUCUGCAGCCAUGGCAACUGCUGCAUGUUUGGCAGAAAGGCUUUUGAAGGCAGUGGAAAAAGAGAGCGAUAGAGA